CUCAUUUCCGUACACUAUGUAAAUGUAAUACGUUAUUUUAGUUCAGAUUGUAUUUCGUUCGUUUGUUUUGGUUAUUCUUACGAUUAACAGCUAUAUUUGCGUUUAUGUUUCACGAAUACCCAAAAUAUAUGUAAAGCCUGUAUGUAUAACUCCGGACUAAGGAUACAAUAGAGUAAGUGUUGUGUUUAUUCAUAUGUUUUGUAAGAUGUGAUUAAAAUUACCUUUGUGAUUGUAGUAUCUGAGCAUGACUCAGUUGAUAGAAGUAGAAGUUUAAAAGCAUUUGACAUUAUAGAUUUGAUUUCUUCCUAUAUGAAGAGGCGUAUCUAUCGAGAGGUUAACCAAUUUUUCCCUCUCACCCCAGGCAGGCAUUCAUUGAUUUUUGGACCGUUUACGUCUGUGUUUGUGUAAAGGAUAUAAAUAUGGGCCUACUUGAAGAGUACCUGGCGUAGUAUGCCGCCGCAUAGGAACACCUUUAUUCAAGCCCCAUGUUGUCCACCCCCCCCCCACAUCCCCGUGCGAUACCCUUUACCGAAUUGUAUGUAGAGCCCUGACUAGUUGGACUUGGUGCACACCAACCCUUAAUAUGCGUUGGUGGUGGUCGUGUUGGACUUGGUGCACACAACCCUUAAUAUGCGUUGGUGGUGGUCGUGUUGGACUUCGUGCACACCAACCCUUAAUAUGCGUUGGUGGUGGUCGUGUUGGACUUGGUGCACACCAACCCUUAAUAUGCGUUGGUGGUGGUCGUGUUGGACUUCGUGCACACCAACCCUUAAUAUGCUUUGGUGGUGGUCGUGUUGGACUUGGUGCACACCAACCCUUAAUAUGCGUUGGUGGUGGUCGUGUUGGACUUCGUGCACACCAACCCUUAAUAUGCGUUGGUGGUGGUCGUGUUGGACUUCGUGCACACCAACCCUUAAUAUGCUUUGGUGGUGGUCGUGUUGGACUUGGUGCAAAGCAACCCUUAAUAUGCUUUGGUGGUGGUCGUGUUGGACUUGGUGCACACCAACCCUUAAUAUGCUUUGGUGGUGGUCGUGUUGGACUUCGUGCACACCAACCCUUAAUAUGCUUUGGUGGUGGUCGUGUUGGACUUGGUGCACACCAACCCUUAAUAUGCUUUGGUGGUGGUCGUGUUGGACUUGGUGCACACCAACCCUUAAUAUGCGUUGGUGGUGGUCGUGUUGGACUUGGUGCACACCAACCCUUAAUAUGCGUUGGUGGUGGUCGUGUUGGACUUGGUGCACAUCAACCCUUAAUAUGCGUUGGUGGUGGUCAUGUUGGACUUGGUGCACACCAACCCUUAAUAUGCGUUGGUGGUGGUCGUGUUGGACUUGGUGCACACCAACCCUUAAUAUGCUUUGGUGGUGGUCGUGUUGGACUUGGUGCACACCAACCCUUAAUAUGCUUUGGUGGUGGUCGUGUUGGACUUCGUGCACACCAACCCUUAAUAUGCGUUGGUGGUGGUCGUGUUGGUCUUGGUGCACACCAACUCUUAAUAUGCUUUGGUGGUGGUCGUGUUGGACUUGGUGCACACCAACCCUUAAUAUGCUUUGGUGGUGGUCGUGUUGGACUUCGUGCACACCAACCCUUAAUAUGCUAUGGUGGUGGUCGUGUUGGACUUCCUGCACACCAACCCUUAAUAUGUUUUGGUGGUGGUCGUGUUGGACUUCGUGCACACCUACCCUUAAUAUAUUUUGGUGGUGGUCGUGUUGGACUAUGUGCACACCAACCCUUAAUAUGCUUUGGUGGUGGUCGUCUAUUUGACAAUUUGCACUGACGCACAGCUACGCCCUUAUGUUAGAUUUUAUAUUAGCCCUAAUUGAUUUUGUGGAAGACAAAAUUAGUAAGUUGGGACAAAAUAUUGUCCGAAUUUUAAAAGAAAUCUAUGUGAUGCCCACUAUUCUAUGUGAUGCCCACUAUUCUAUGUGAUGCCCACUAUUCUAUGUGAUGCCCACUAGUACUGUAUAUUAUAUUGCGUGUGCACCCCACCGCCACCCUUUUAUCAAUAAUUCUGCGUUUGAAUGUUUUUAUAGAUUGUGUUUUGUUUGUUUGUUUGUUUGUUUUUAGGGGGCUGUAAAUUAUAUGUAUUAAAUGUUCGUUAACUGAAUGCAUAGUGUUACACGACCUGAUGUUUUAUUGUCUCUCGUGGACUACUGUCUUAUGGCUUCGAAUCUCAUUGGCCAAUCUUUCAAUACUUUCAUCACUUUAAUACCCUAUGGUCUCAUCUCUCAUCACAUAGUACCCCAUGGUCUCAUCUCUCACCACAUAAUAACAUAAUACCCCAUGGUCUGAUCUCUCACUACAUAAUACCCCAUGGUCUCAUCUCUCACCACAUAAUACCCCAUGGUCUGAUCUCUCACCACAUAAUAACAUAAUACCCCAUGGUCUGAUCUCUCACCACAUAAUACCCCAUGGUCUCAUCUCUCACCACAUAAUAACAUAAUACCCCAUGGUCUGAUCUCUCACUACAUAAUACCCCAUGGUCUCAUCUCUCACCACAUAAUACCCCAUGGUCUGAUCUCUCACCACAUAUUAAUACCCCAUGGUCCCAUCUCUCACCACAUAAUAUACUGUAUGCAUACUAUGUGCUUUCAAUUUAAGUAACCCCACCCCCCCCCCCCCCCCUGGUGGCAGCUCCCCACCCCAGGCACGCGAUUGUGCUGUGUAGAACCAUGGCACUGAAAACAGACAGCGGCGUAAAAGCGGACUUUGGUUUACAGAGGAAUUAAUGCACUGUUGGCAUGUGGGUUUUGUUGAUUCGCUACCCGGCAUGUGUAUUGUGUAUUGUGGCUUGAAUCUUGGCCGCAACGCAGUAAAGCAAACACAACACGGAAAGCUUCCAUGGAAUUAGCCAUACAGUUGAAGAACACUAAGGAGCCGUCUCGAGAUCGACACACACGGGCGAGUCAAUAAGAAGAAUGGCUGCCUGCAAAAGUCUGCAUUCUGUUCACAAUAGCGCCUCUUGAGUCAUGAGAGUCAUUAGAGAAAGAUUUUUAGAUCUUAAACAGUUGGUGGUGGUUUUUUUCGGUGGGGGGGGGGGGGGGGGUGGAUAAAGAAUACAAAGUUUAAUGAAGUGGUGUGAAGGUUUACGACAAAGAGCAGAUUGAUUUAUUUACUUAAUAAAUAAUUAUUUUUUGGUGGGGGGGGGGGGGAGGGGGUGAAUAAAGAAUACAAAGUUUAAUGAAGUGUUGUGAAGUUUUACGACAAAGAGCAGAUUGAUUUAUUUACUCAAUAAAUAAUUAUGACAGGAUUAGUUCAAUUAUCUGGUAGAAAAUGUGUCAUCUGAAAAAUAAAACAAGAAGUAACACUUUAAGAGCAACCAAAAAAUGGUGGGGGGAAAAAAUGGGGUGGGGGGUUGGGCUUCAAACAUAAUCCACCUAUCCCUCUCCUAUUUCCCCAAACUCAACUUAAUCGUUUGUUAUACAUAUAAUGAAUUAAAUUAUUUAUUGAAAUAUAAAUAAAGUAUUAUCUGCCAUCCCUUCCACACACAUUUAAGAGGGAAAAAAAAAGACUUAUAAUUUAUUAACUUUCUAAAGUUGUUUCUAUUGAACGUGAUCUUUUUUCGAUAGUUGGUCGAUCGCUGGGUUGCGCGGAUGGUAGGUUGAUUGCUUGGGUUGUGUGGAUGGUAGCUUGAUUGCUUGGGUUGUGCGGAUGGUAGGUUGAUAGCUUGGGUUGCGUGGAUGGUAGGUUGAUAGCUUGGGUUGCGCGGAUGGUAGGUUGAUAGCUUGGGUUGCGCGGAUGGUAGGUUGAUAGCUUGGGUUGCGCGGAUGGUAGGUUAAUCACUUGGGUUGCACAGAUGGUAGGCUGAUCGCUUGGGUUGCGCGGAUAGUAGGUUAAUCACUUGGGUUGCACGGAUGGUAGGUUGAUAGCUUGGGUUGCACGGAUGGUAGGCUGAUCGCUUGGGUUGCGCGGAUGGUAGGUUGAUAGCUUGGGUUGCGCGGAUAGUUGGUCGAAUGCUUGGGUUGCGUGGAUGGUUGGUCAAUUGCUUGGGUUGCGUGGAUGGUAGGUUGAUCGUUUGGGUUGCGUGGAUGGUUGGUCAAUUGCUUGGGUUGCGUGGAUGGUUGGUUGAUGGCUUGGGUUGCGCGGGUGGUAGGUUGAUCGCUUGGGUUGCGUGGACUUCUUUGAAGUUCAAUUUGACCAACAGCUGAAAUUCGGUACACAGCUUCACCGACUUUCUAGACGGCUGAAAUAAAAUUGAGAUCAUUUUGUUAUUCAUUUAAAAAAAAAAAAACGAUUGAACUAAAAUGUUGUUCUUUUCCUUCUGAAGCUGAAUGUAAAUAUUCAGUAGGAUGAUAACUGUUGGUCUUGACUCACAAUUGCUACACAACCCCACCAUCCCGCCCGCCCAAAUAAAACAAUCAAUACAACAAAACAACUCACACAAAAACAAUUAUUAAAAAAUCAUAGCAGUUGAAUUGAUUCCUCUGUUUGUGGGAAUAGUGAGCACAAAUAUUUUCACACAAAUUGAAUCAUAUACAUACACUUUUAUGAUAUAGGCUCACUGAUAUGUUGUUGGGUUGGACCUAAGAAAAUACCGAUAGAGCAGUGCUGUAUGUGGGGAAUACCCUAUUAGGCCUCUUCUAAAGUUAUUGACACUUUAUUACAGACACUACAACGUUAGCAAAGGACAAUACAGAAAUAGAAUACCAUACAAAUUUUAAUGUCAAGGACGCCAAAAUGAAUCAGGGGAAGAAACUCAAUUUAUCAACACGUCGUUAUUUUUGACGGGUUAUUAAAAAGAGUUGUCGUCUCUUAGUCCCUGGAUACAUAUAAGUUUUGGUUAGCUCAAAGAACACAUUUAGGAAAACUGACAUCAUUUUCUUACGGGUCGUAGAUCUCAUAAUUCCCUUUGUAUCAGGCCCGAAUUACCACCCUUAGGCAGCCUAGGAAAUAAAACUUUAUUUACAAAGAUAAAAUAGAACCAGCGAGCUUCCCACAGGCAGGUGAAAUUUAUUAAACCCAGCCCCCUUGUACCUCUCUCAGCUGUGAGGGAGUAGUCAUCGUUGUCAGACACCGAGUGUGUACAUUGAUAUUGUGUGCUUCGAGUCGGAUGCAUGUGUGAGAGAUUUGACUGACUGCUCAACGGCUUGUACCAAAAAGAAUAAAAGCUAUAGUUCUCAUACCUGCAUUUCAUUGUUUGUAUAUUUUAAACUGUAAGCUACACCACCACACGGCUACAUUAGAAUUACUUCUUAUUAAUUAUAAAAAAUUUACACUAUGUUUUCAAUUUCUGUCUCCACAAAAUGAGCUCAAAUUAAAGUAGGGCAUGAGGUUGUAAAUGUGAAUUGAAUAAUGUUAUCAUGUUUAAAAAAUACACUUAUUAGUAUCAUUUUUUGACAUUCAUAUACAAUUUAUAAAAAGUGGUGAAAUAUACCUUUUCUACAAACCAGUAGUCUACAAUUUCUCUUUUUGCACCUGGUAGAGUUUAAAAUUUUGGAAAUAGGUAAUAUUAUACUUGCUUUUUGUGACUGACAGCUUUUUUGUAUGGAUAUUUAUUUUUACAAAUCAUUUUUUAAUUAAGUAGUUUAACCAAAUAAAUGGUUUAAACAAAAUUUUAAAACAACUUUACGAUUUAGUAACAAUUUAAAAUCUACUAUUAAUUUUUAUAACUACAACAAGAUCACGUGACACCUAAAUUCGGUUCUCUCUGAUUAAUUGGAGAAAGUGGAAAACUACAUUUUUAUUAUGCGGAAAUAUGGACCCCUGCAUUUUGAUUUUAUCCACAAAUUUUACGAGGAAGGGCUCAAUGAGCCCCCUCCGCAUUCUCCUCCUCCACCCUCGCUUUCGCUCGGGAGCCAUAGGUGACCUCGAUUUCUGCUUUCCCCCUCCUCCACGCCUAUCCAUGUGACACUACAAGGGUGAAACUAAGAUGGGACCAAAAGAAGACCAUGUGACCUGCCACAACUGGAAUGACCUCAGGUUAUGUAUGGUACUGGGUGUGACAAUGCCUAAUUUGCGCGCUCCUUGUUGCCCUGCCCCCCCCCCCCCCCCCCCCCCCCCCCCCCCCCACACUCCCCCCCCAGCUCCUGAAAUUUCCCCUCCCAUUUUCAAAUUUUAUGAAAGAAAGAUCAAAUGCAGGUAUACCCCAAAAACACUGCAAGCCAAUGCAUGCUGUCGACCAAGGUCCAUGGUGGAAGUGGCCCUCCACCACUCAGGGGUGGGGUGGGUGGGUGUUCUAGACGCCCCUGAUUAAAAAAAGGAAAUGAAAACUAGAUUUUGAGGGUUUUUUGUUUUAUUUUUGUAAACAAACGUACUAAUUGUGAUUUGCUUUUUAAUAUUAAUUUCGGUAACAGCCAUGGUUACCGGAAUUUUGAAUGAAAGAAAUUUCGUCGACGAUAAAUUGACUGACGGAAACUUCCGUUCGAUCAAAUUACCGUCGAUCAAUUUACCGUCGACGAAAUUUCUUUCGAUAAAAUUUCCGGAUACGAACUGCCACAGAGGCAGUAAUCGAUCAUCGGCCCUUUUGACAGCCUCGAAAUUUUUCUGAUACCUCUGUGGUGCCCCUUUUCUCAUGGUACCCUAAGUGGCCCUAAGCACUUGCUUAUUUUGCUUAUGGCUAAUCAUGGCCUGCUUGCAUGUCAGGAAUGAUACACAGUUUUAGAAACAGGCAGACAUUACCAUAUAAAUAAAUCUUGUUAAUUUUGCUGAAAUAUGUUUUUUUUUUCUUUUUACCAACAACUUAUUUCUAAUAUCUACUAAUGUACCGGUACAUUAAUAAAGUAUGUCUAAUAAUAUGUCUCCCCCCCCCACCCAUCAUUUGUGUGUGUGUGUUAUUGCUAGUAGACUUUAUAUUCUAAUCUUUCGGCUGACUGUGGGGUUUCUUUUGUUUAUCUGCUCAGCAUAUCAAUAACAAAUCCACAUGUAGGUAAGUGUGUUCACCUUUGUCUUUAAUCUGGGCUAUCCAACAGUCUGACACUUGCUGAGGGUCAGAGGUCAGGACCUUACGGAUUUAACUCGCGAUUUUAUUUAUUGGGCAUGAACCAGUUUAAGAGCUACGAUGCUUUGAGCAGAUUUAAGUUUAAAAGGUAUCAAGAAGAAUGUGUCCUACAAUAUGAGUCUACAAUUUUCUAAAGCAAUUUUCUGUGUAGUUGUGAGUCACCGAGAAAAAAAAGACUGCAUGUGGUUUGUUUUAAUGCCCCAUUUUAGUGACAGUUGACUUUGUGAUGUGUUCAGAAAACGUUCAGAGUAGAGAUCGUUGGGCAAAAAUAAAGAUUAUAAAUAACAGGCCUAGGAGAUUCUGUCUUAAUUUAUUUAUUUCAUAGGAUAAAGAUAACGCGUGCUUUGGAAAAUAAUUGUGUAUGAUGAGAUAAGUUAAAUUAAAAACAAUGAAAACAAGUGAUCGAAAGUGUCAUUAUAUUUAUAUUCAUUAUCUCCCAAACUUUGGUGUGAAGUGAGUUUAGUGAGCCCUGCGUCUAACCUUCACCACCCAGCCAAGAUUUUUUUUUUUGUUACACACAUAUGCGUCCCCACCUCCCCACCUUUUUUGAGGGUUUAAAUAUGUUUCUCUUGGAAAAAGCAUGGAUCGUCCAUGCUAGUCGGGUCAUUAUUAAGAACCCGCAUGACACGAGUGACUAAUUGACCCCCAGGGACAGCCAAUGACAAGCAUUGUGAUUGUGCUUGACCCUUGUUAGCUAAUAUUAUUAUAUUUUAGCUACUACUAUAAUCUACUGCUAAGACUAUGCUCAAUAGACAAUAGGCCCAUUGUUACAUAAUUUAAAAUAUGCCAAAUCUUGUAUUUAGAAUAUAUUAUUAUGUUAGAUGAAUAGAUUCUAAAAUGCAGUGGCUUAAAAGGAGAAGCCUAACACUUCUAGUUUAAAUCAUGCGUGACCACAAGGAACUGGCCAAUCGCAUUACAGUAGGGCUGUUAUAAUAUGAUAACAAAAUAUGCCUUUUCAAUACAGUAGGGCUGUUAUGGUAACAAAAUAUGCCUUGUCAUUACAGUAGGGUUGUUAUGAUAUGAUAAAAUAUAUAUAUACCUUUUCUUUUUACAUUAGGGCUGUUAUGAUUUUUAAAAAUAUAUGUCUUGUCGUUGCAAUCACAGUGGCUUCAGUGAAUUGCACACACACAAUGGCUAAUUGACACCCCGACUAGAACAGAGGGGUAGGAGGAAAUCAGUAGCCUACUUGAUAUGCCACAUUAAAAUGUGCAGUGCCCAUGGAGGUCAUUGAAUAUAACGUGACCUAUUUUUGAGAAAGUGAUGUAAAUGAACCAAACAAUUGACGUAAAAGUAUGCGUGUUAUAAGCUUUAGUACAGUAAUCAAACUUUGUAAACUACUUGAGGAUCACAUACAGUUUUAAACCGUUCACUAUCUCUCUCUUUUCAUAUCUGAACAUUGACUUAAUUUAAAGCCGUGAAUGAACAAUAAAAUUGGGUUUUCAUCAUUUUAGUGUAAAACUGUAUUAUAUUAAAGAAAUAGCCUCUUAUUUUCAUUUUAACUUUAUAACAAUAAACAUGUUUGUGAUGUGAAAUGGGGAAAGGUGGGCUACCACAAAUGGUUGUUUCAAUUUCAAUGUUUUUAUUUUCCAAUUAAUAUAAUUAAUGGUGAUGCUGUAAACAUAUUUAUAGAACCCCCAAUAAUAAAUUUCACUUUAAACGCCUUUAGUUUAAGUUUUAUGGACUGCAACAGUCUGAUCUGUUGAUGCAAAAUAUUUUAAAUAAAAUUGUGACUUGGAACAAAAAAUCUGUAUUUUACAAAUUAUUUACAAUAAAACUUACUAGCCCCACAUUUAACGUUCAAUAAACUAUUCCCCGUGGUGACCCCAGGUCACUCUCACCUUACUUAUACUUAAACUCUCCAGCCCUCCCCCAUGUGUGUUAACUAUGUGUGGUCAGUGAAAGGUCAGUAGUGAAGUACUGAUAAAGGAAAAUGGUAGCUCCUUAAUUUCAUAUGGCAUGGGACAUAAACUGAACUGAAAUGGCAACUUGUACCUUUAUCCCUCUAUAGCAUUUAAAUUUUUGCAUCAUUAUGAGAAUUGGCAAUAUUGUUUCAUCUUUUUUGGUUUGUUUGGAUUAACUCUUAUAACUUAUUGUGCAUUUUUGUCGAAGCGGUGAGUAGCUUAAUUAUUUCUACUGAAGAAUGUAGGUUGGUCACAUUUUAUAUGCUGGAGAAAUAUUGAUUUCUUUACCUAAAUGUUAAUCCAUGUUUUCAUAAGAUUAUGUGAACUCCAUCACACCACCUUUCAAAUAUAGGCAUGAAAACUCAAAGCAAGACUUUUUAAUACAAGUAUUUGGGUGAGGGUUGCAUGCAGUACAAAGCACUGAUUUUUCAUAAUGGGACUCCUGACACAAGGAACACCUCUGUCCUGGGAGGACACCAAGAAAUGGGCGGAUCAUGUCAGGAAGCAUGGCAUCAAGCAGUUCGUGGCACAGUACAAAAAGUUGAUGUCAAGGAAGAAGGACGUGUUGUACUGGGGGGAUGAGGUAAGAUAGAAACCUUUUGAAAAGUGAACAUAUAGCAUGGAUUCUCAAACAAACAUUUGAAGAACACACCCACCCCCCUCUCUCUCUUACUCUCUUUCUCUCGUUAUCACUCUCUUGUAAACUAAAAUGCCUAAUAUUGAGCGUGAGUGUCAGAUUUCUAAAUUGAGCAUGAGUGUCAGAUUUCUAAAUUUUAGAAGAAAAAUCUUUUUUUUUAAUGCAAUAGUUGUAUAGCAGCCUAAAUAUAAUAAGGUAAAUUUUCUCAACUUGGUAUACUCAGCCCGUUGACUAUUUGAUGAAAAUUUCAUGCUUUUAUUUUGAUUUUAGAUUGAAUACCAGCUAAUUAAGUUCGACCACAUCAACAGAAAAGUUUAUGUUGCCUUAAAAGCUCAAGAUGUUCUCAGGAGGCUGAAGGAGAACUCAGAAAAAAAUUCAAAGUAAAAUUUAUAAUCUAUUUCAUAUCCAUAAGUUUAAAAAAAUAUUUCUCAGAACUUGUAUUCCUUUCAAAAUUAUGCAUAUUUUUUAACGUAAUUAAAUAAAAUAGAAAAUAGUUAAAUAUAAAUGUGUUCAUUAAUAAAAAAAAUUGUAAGUUAUCUUGAAAAACUAGGUCAGUUUAUUAUCCAUUAAUAUGUAGGCUAUACAAUCUAAACUUUUUCAUAGUACUCCAGAAACAACAUCAUGGCACCCGGAAUAUGCAUCGUAUCAAGUUGAAGGGACACCUGGAAAACCUUAUGGAGGUCUCAUGGCCCAUUUUAAUACUGUAGAAGCAAAUAUGUCUCAAAGGUAAACUAAGUGACUCAUCAAAGCACAGUAUUUAUAUUUGUCUACAAAUAUUUUUAAUAACUUUAUAUAAAACUUGACAUAAAGUGAUAUGAGCUAUGUAUUUUCUUCAAUUUAAAAGCUUUAUGAUGUCCAAUGAAGACAUACAGUCAUACUUUUUAAAUAGGUAUAAUUUUUCAAUUCCUCAAUUUAGAAGAAAAGAAAUUCAAGAUCAAUUAGAGGAAGAUGAAGCUCCACUUUCACUUACAGUAUUUCCAAGGUAGUGUGAAUGGUGAUAUGACCAAAAUACGAAUAUGGUAGGUAAUUAAAUAAUUAAUCAAAUAUUUUCAUGAAGUUUUUGAGACCAACAAGCACAUUGUGUACUUACUUAAAGUAUCAGUAUUUUUAUUAUGUGUAGACUUUAAGAUAUUUUCAAAAGAUUGGUUUAUGUUAAAAAUAAGAAUAUGGUGGAAUAUUAUUUAAUUAUUCAUUUUUCUUAGACUUGGUUGUGGGACAUUUACCUGGCCAAUUGCUAAAGCUAAUCCAGUAAAUGGAAUAUCAAGGUCACUGUUUUUCCCAGAUGAAGCCAUUAAUCAAGGGCAUGUCAGAUUCAAGUAAACAUUGAUUUUUUAAAUUUUAAUUAUAGUCAACCAAUUUUAACUCAAAACAAGUUUUUUAAAUUAAAAAUUUACCUUAAUUUAUAAUAAUGUUAAUAUAAUUAGUUUCCUUAAAUUAACUGUUUACCUAUGAAACAAAACCCGUCAUUUAUUGUUUUAGUUUUCUUACUGUAUUAGUAUUAGCCUUUAUUAGGUGUAUAUUAUUUUUAAUCCUUUAAACUGUAAUACUAGAAAUAUGUAUUUAAUCAGAAUAAUUCCAACUGUAACUAACUCUGAUGACAACAAAACUGUUUUGUUAAAGGAUCACUAAAAACAAAUUCAAAAUAUUUUACCUAAAUGCUGUAUCUUUAAAUAUAUAUACAAUUAAAGUAUCCCUAUAUACUAUAUAGCCUCUUUAAUAUAAAUUCAAAUUCAAUUCAAUCUACUACUACAGGACUGUGACUAGAAAUUGUCGAGUUCGGAGAACUGAGAAGAUACUUAUUAAUAUACCAAGUAUGUUUUGCUUUCCUUUUAUUUUAAUGCAUAACAUUACAUUAUCAUUAGAUGUUUAGAAAAGUUAACAAAAAAUUUAAUAAUACAUUGGAAGGAUGAUUGAUAUUAAAUAAAGGAAAAGCCAUACAUUUAUUUACACUGAAGAAAAACCAUAAAUUUACACCAUGGACUAAUAUGAUGCUAUGUAUGAGGUGCUUUUGUGAGUACAAGGGCUAUUUAUAAAUGACAUCAUGCUACUUGGAAGUGGGGGUCACAAAUUUGUGAUAAUGUGUUAUGAGGAUGUCUAAAUUUUAUAAUUAUUAUGUGGAGAGGGGGUAAAAAUAGGACCAGAUAGCAUGAUAAUAUUAAUGCAUAGCCCCUCAUAAAAUGUAAAAUGUCUAUCCUUUUUGAUUGUACCAUUAGUAUCAUUGUUAAGGUAUUAUCAGUUUAAACCUAAUAUCUUGCAAUCGAUAUUCUAUUUAAUGAAAGUAUACAAAGACAUCAACACUCAAUCCCCGUUCAUAGAGGAUUUCUCAAUACUUGGAGAUGAUGGAACUAGUGCAGCCGCUGCCAAACCUGACCACAUCUACAUGGACUGCAUGGGGUUUGGUAUGGGAAAUUGUUGUCUGCAGGUCACAUUCCAGGCUUCUUGUCUAGAUGAGGCCAAAGUACUCUAUGACCAGCUGGCUGUUAUGUGUCCUAUUAUGGUCAGUGUGUAAUUAUCAUCACAUUGUUUUUAAAAUGAAGUAGUGCUCUUGUAUGUCUUCAGCACAUGCCACCAAAUUCUAUAGAAUAAUCAUUUAUAAAUAUUUUUUUUGGUUCUAAUAAAAUGUCUUUUUAAUAAUCCCAUUUUUAACAAAAAAAUAACUUACCCACAUAACUAAUGUUUACUCUUCCUAAGGAUCAGUUACAUGCAUAUGCUUAACUAGGGAAUUUUGUAUGUGUUCAUCAUGAUGUUAUUUUUUUAAGCAAUGUCCAAUGGCAAUACAUUUGUUUAUAUUGACAUAAGUUUUGUUUUAUCUUUUGGGCCUUUAGUUAAAGUAUGCACACAAAUUAUUGAUCCAAUGCUUGCCUAAAAUCGCAACAUAAACAUUAGCGAGAAUAUAUUUUAAAAUUUAUUUUGACAGCUUGCCCUAAGUGCAAGUUCCCCGGUAUACAGAGGAUAUUUGUCUGAUAAUGAUACACGUUGGCCUGUCAUUUCUGGUGCUUGUGAUGACCGGACAAAAGAAGAGAGGGGUGUGGAGGUUAAUAAAAAUGAUGCAAUGAAAGAUUGCUUGAAAGAAUAGUGUUUUUAAAGAUGUUGAAAUUAUUUGUCUAAUUUUAAUGAAUUAAUACAUUAUACAGUGCUAAAAGUCAAUAAUAUAUUAUUAGCAGUUUUAGUUUUGAAGAUAAAAGAAUUUUUUCUAAAUAUUUUGAAGGAAAAUGUUCUCAUUUAAAAACUCAAGAAAAAUUGUCUCUUAAAAAUUAUUAAUGGAAAUUGCUUCAUAUAUUGUGUUUUGUAGAUAAAGUUAAAAGCUUUCAAUAUCAUUAUCAUUUAAUUUAGCAGCUUCAAUUAUUUUUAUGUUUAGCCACUUAAGGAGAACCAGUAUAGAAUAGCUAAGUCACGCUAUGACUCUAUAGACAGUUUUAUCUCAACAUUGGGAGAACAAUACAAUGACAUCCAUUUAACAUUUAACCAAGAAAUCUUUGAGGAACUUAUCGCUCAAGGUAAAUUUACUUUUAAAUUAUCUUAUAUAUCAUAUCUGAACACUGCUCUUAGAUGUCUUUAUUUUUUCAAAUACAACAGCAUCUGUGGGGUAGUUAGGGUAAGUGCAACCUGGGGCUGGACAUGAUCCCUCCUUCCCACCCACCCCAUUAAAUGAAAAAGUUUUGCCUUUAAAAGAUCAAAAUGCCAUUGGGUGAGGUGGGGGGGGGGGCUGCCAUCUAUACCCCAUCCCCACUUCCCACACCACUGAACAGGAUAACCCAUAUGUUUUUAACUAUGAUUUUUUCAAAAACAACAGCAUCUGUGGGGUAGUUAGGGUAAAUGCAACCUGGGGCCGGACAUGAUCCCCCCCUCCCCCCCACCCCAUUAAAUGAAAAAGUUUUGCCUUUAAAAGAUCAAAAUGCCAUUGGGUGAGGUGGGGGGGGGGGGCUGCCAUCUAUACCCCAUCCCCACUUCCCACACCACUGAACAGGAUAACCCAUAUGUUUUUAACUAUGAUGUUGCAAUAACGAUGGCCAUGGGUUUUAUUAGCUUUUACGUUUUGGAGGCACAAUCUAUUCAUUUUGGAAUUACCUUGCUUGAAGCAUAUAUUGUAAGAAUAUCUCCAUCAUGUCUGGUGCCAUGAAAAGGACUAAAUUCCCAAAAGCAUCUGGGGUUGGUAAUCUAGUGCUACUGUUGCUUCCACUUUCAGUGCAUUGUCGAAGAGUGGAAAGACAAUGACUAAUAGCAGUCCCGCCAGCUUUCCUGGAAAAGCAUUAAUAAGUCUUAAAAUAGCAACAAAGCCAAAUCCGCUGCUAUUGCAGUGCUUUGUGUGGUGAUGAGGCUCAAGAUGCAUCAAGAUUCAUAAACUCUUGGGGCUACUUAAAAUCAUGAGCUAUGUGUUUGUUAAAUAUUUGAGGACUUAUACGGCCCUGAAUCAAAUUAGAAAAUACUACUUUUAGCUUUUAAUUCAUGAAAUGAUGUUGCAAUGUUGUUUUUUCAACAAAUAGUGGCCUAAUCAGACAAAUAUUUUUCUUUCAAUUAAAACAAUUUGACUACCAUACUGAUUUUAAUUUUAUGAAGGUGUGGAUGAUCUUCUGGCCAGGCAUAUUGCUCACAUUUUCAUCCGAGACCCAAUCUCACUGUUUGUUGAACACUUGGAUGAAGAUGAUGAAAAUGACACUGACCAUUUUGAGGUUUGUUUCAUUUUUUAUUUCUUCCCUCACUUUUAACUAAACUAUAAGAAAACUCCUCACCUGUCUGGGACUCAGUUGCUUGUAGUGAGUGCCACCGAAACUUGUAAUAACACUGACUUUAUUGGCCAUGAUCCUAAUACUGCAUUCCUACACUAGGAAAUGAUGUAUUUCAUAUACGUCCAUUUCUUAGUUAAAAAAAAUUGAAAUAAUUUGAUGACUGCUCUUUCUUUAAAAAAAUAUUUUAAAAACACUUAUUUAUUUAAAUUUGUGUUUAAUUUUUUUUUUUUUGGUGGGGUGGCUUAAUUUUCAGAACAUUCAGUCCACAAAUUGGCAGACCAUGAGAUUCAAACCCCCACCGCCUAACUCAAACAUUGGCUGGAGAGUGGAGUUUAGACCAAUGGAGGUGGAUAUUAAUAAGCAUUUUUUAAAAAUUGCUACCGGUACAAGUUUUUGUUUGUUUUUUUUUCUAUUUUUUGGGAGAUAAAAUUGAUUGCAUCAAACUAUUCUAAUUUGAAAUUUUCCAUUUGGUUCAAGUUUACAAAAGUAUCCAGGAUGUCACAUGAUUUAUUUGUUCCAGGCUCAGCUGACAGAUUUUGAGAGUGCUGCAUUCUCUGUAUUCAUUUUGCUUCUUACACGAGUUAUUCUGUCAUACCAGCUCAACUUCCUGAUUCCCAUAUCCAAGGUGACAAUGAAUGGUUUGUGUAAAAUAGCCUACGUACAUUAAUGUGUAAAGAAUCAAGUUUAUUGUCAAAAUUAUAAAUGAUGAAGUCAUAUAAGCUAAAGUAACACAUAAUGUUACAGUUAAUUUAACAAAUAUGAUAUUUUAUUUGUCAACAAAGUUUUGAUAAUUUUAUGGGAUGACAUGGAAGGGGUAUGUAUAGUUCUUUCUCAGGAACUAUAAUAAGAAUGAUAAGAAUGUAAUGAAAAAUAUCUUUAUUGAAAUCUUCAUUAUUUAUUUUAAGCCUCACUUAUAAUAGAAUAGUUUACGUAUAUGUUUUUUUUUUAUUUCAAGUGGGCAUUUUAUAUUAUGCGGGUUAUUUUCUUUUGCUUGUCCAGGUAGAUGAAAACAUGAAGACUGCUUAUAAAAGAGAUGCUGUCAUCAGUGACAAGUUUUUCUUCCGUAAGAAUAUUCUGACAGGUGAGUUGUAAAAUAAAACAUAAUAUUUAAUACAUGAUGUAUUGACGUUUUUUAACUGAAAACAAUAAUUCUCUUUGCUAUUUCCUUUUUUUAUGUGACAAAAAAUGACGUAAAAAUGUAAAAUAUAAUUGAACACCUACACUUCUUAUAUAAUUCAGAAAUGGUUUAUAUAUUGGUUCCUUUCUGUGUCAUUACACUAAUCAUGAAUCCUAUAUAAAGAACAAAGUUUGUUGCAAAAUUAUUUCAACCUUAGGAGUAGGCCUAUGACUAUAAGUUAAUUUAAUAAUUUUAAUCUGAAGCAUUUUUCUUUUCAGAGUACUGCAAAAAUACAUUGAAUGGAUUUGGCAUUACUGAUACAAACCAGGAAUAUGAACUAAUGACGAUCAAUGAAAUAUUUCAUGGAAAGGUGACAUUUCUUAAUGCUAGCAAUCUUUUGCUUUGAAAUAUUAUUUGCGGCAGAAAAAAAAUGGCACUGCUUGUUAUGUUUAGGACACCAGAUGCCAUAAUUAGUCCACGACUGAAUGCCCUCAUAAUUAUUUUCAAAGAGCAGAUGAAUUUCAAUUUUAUUUGUUACAUUUUAUUUUAAGAAAAUUAAACAGAUGAAACAGUUUCACAUACAGUUCACUCUACUGCCAAGUAUUAAUUCUAUUGAAGUAUCUAUCAUUGAUCUAUUUAGUUGGCUCUCCAUUUACUUUGCUUAAAAAGAUUUGUUUAAAUACAUUUUCAGGAAGAUUUUCCUGGCCUGCUGCCCCUGAUUGAUUCAUAUAUAGACAGCAUUGAUAUAGAUGUAGAUACAAAGUGCACUGUCACACAGUAUGUCAGACUGAUAUCACUGAGGGCAUCAGGUACACCAACCAAUCUACCAUUUUAUUUUCUUACCCUUUGAAAUUAUUCAGUUAGAGCAGCAACAUUUAGAAGCAUACAAAAUUUAUUAAGCUAGGUAACCUAUAACUUGCUAGUCAGUCAUAUUCAUAUUAAAUUAAUUACAAAGAUAAAGUCCUAUGAAAUAUUCUCAAAAAUAGAUCUAAAAGGGUCCACGUCACAUAAUCCCAAAAUUUAGUUACAUUUUAAUGUUGGUUUCCAUAGAAUUCGUUAAAUAUGUAUAACUAUUUCAAAUGAGUCAAAGAGGCCUUAAUCCUGUUCAUUUUCUGCUAAGUUAAUAUUACAAUAAGAGAUAAACCCUAGAGAUAUUUUUAGAAAAAAUUCCUGAUUUUCUCAAAACUUGAAAUUUGGGUUCACUGAGUCGCGAUUUUUUUUUAAAAGGGGCUCCACAAGUUAUUUACAAAGCCAGUUAUUAGCAGUUACAGAUAAUUUCUAAAAUUGACUAGAAUUCUUCUAUGUUGAAUAGCUUUAAUAAUAUUAACUAGAAUUCUUCUAUGUUGAAUAGCUUUAAUAAUAUUAUGCUGUAAAAAUGAAUUUUGUUAUGGCAAAAAUUAUUUCCAUUUAAAAAAAAUUGUUUCUGAAAAUUUAGCUAAUUAGUUUUUUUUAAAUAAUUUAACUAAUUUGCUGAUUUAAAAAAAAAGAGCUAUCCAUUAAACCCGAAUUUCAAGUUUUGAGAAAAUGUGAAAAUUUUACAAAAAAUCAUUUGUAUUUUUUCGAAGGAUGUUUUUCACAAGUAUUUUUUAUGGGCGAUUUUUUGUUUAGGUCAUCUACAAACUACAGCAAAAUGGAUCCGCAACUUUGUUUUAAACCAUCCUGAGUACAAGCAAGAUUCUGUGGUUUCAGACUCCAUCAAUUAUGAUCUUCUCUGUCAAAUGACCCAGAUAUCCAGGGGUGAACUUUACGACCCUAAGCAUCUUUUCCCUCAUGUGUCAAAGUCUUCCAACAUGAUUCCUGAGGCUGUGUGUCAGGCAGAGGCCUUCCUGGACCAGAAGUUCUCAUGCGGCCAAUGUAGAUAGAAUGGAGUAGAACAAAUGGAACUUAGUGUACACAGAAUAAGGUCUAAAGAUAUUAGGAGCUGAUUGUUUGAAUUGCACAUGCUCCUCUUGAGGUACUAUGUAUGGAGUGUACUCAGUCCAUGUCAAGUUUUAAAAAUCAUCGUGGAAGAUGUCCAAGGGUGUGUAUAAUAGUGUUAAAAAGCGUAUGUUACCCUUUCUGCAACCAACCAUCUUCACUGUUAAUUUUUUUCUAGAUUAGCACUGGAAAUUAAAUUUUUUUUAGGUGCUUGAGGCAUUUUUGUACUUACAUUUUUAAUACAUUAAUUAAGAUUUCAUAUUUUAAUCACAAUUUACCAAAACAUUUUUGUAUCUCAAAUUUUUUUGUACCCCAAAGUUUAGUAGAACACUUGUACUAUUAAUAAAGCAAUGAAAAAUGUGUUCAGGGAGACCCAUCUUUUGUGAGCCUAAAAAUUUUAUGCAAAUUAUUUUAAAGCUUUACAAUUAAAUUGAUGCAUUUUGUUUAUGUACCAAAAAUAUGGAGAUAUAAUCAAACUAUACUAUGAAA